GUACUUCCCUUAGCUUCGCCUCACUAUCGUUUCCUGACUUUAAUCUGACGACCUGCACUUCCGCGAAGAAACCGCUCUGGGAAUCCUGGCAGCUUAAAUAAGUAUCGCUGUGCUAGUUAAAGGGUUUUUUUUCCUUUACAAUGACAGAUGACGGGACGGCUGGCCGCAAACGCACGUAGCUAAAGCAUCACCAUCAAAUGCAGUCAAAUCUGAAACCUGACUGGCCCUCGACUUGUAACUCGGGAAAUAACCACGGAAACAGGAAUAGCGCUAUGGAUGCUCCCCAGUACCCAGGUUACCCUUCACAUUACUGGUAUCCACAGUCUCACUCCACUGGACACUAUGCAAACACUUAUCCCUCGGGAUCAGAUGUUCAGCAACAGUACAAUCCACAGGUAAUGCCAGGAGGCUAUCCAAACGGCCAUGGAGUCUACAACACUGCACAAAACCAGUAUCCAGCGAGUGGUUUUCAUCCAUCCAACCCUUUCUACUGUGCUGACCCCCAGAGAAGUUCCUACCCUAGCCAAGGCUGUCCGGCUGAGCAGAGCGGUGGGCCGUCAGGCCAGCCACACACCCAGCACCAGCAUCAUCAUUAUUCUGGUCCGCACUGUCAAGGGGGUCCUGGAUACCCAUCUGGACCAUACUCCCACUACAGUGAAGGUGGACAUGCUGUGCCUCCAAAUCCCCCCUAUCCCACUGGGCAGGCCCUCCAUCCCAGCCCUCAGGGUGAUGCUUGGGGGCACACAGGGCCCUAUGCUCCCUCACAGCAGCAGUGGCACCCAGGGCAGCAGCCUUCACAAAACCACUAUGGAAAUCAUGUCCGUCCAGCACAUCCUCCAGCAUGGCCAGGAACUGGAACUGGUGCUCCACCACCCUAUCAGCCCAAGGACCAACAGCACCAGCGAACCCCUCAGGUGGGACCUAAACCCAGGUCAGCUCCAGCCCCGAAUCCCCCCAACGGAAAGCCCGCUGAAAUAAGCUCACCUCCUCAGAUUUACAGCAAAGCUGGGCGAAGCGAUCCCAGUCCUUCUCAGCCCGAGCCCCAACCAGCAGCCGCUCCGGUCGGACCUCAGCCGCUGAGCGACAACCCCGGGCUCGCCAAGGUUCAGCAGGUCAUGGCCCGGGUUCAGCUGCUUCAGGAAGACGUUGACGAGUUUGUCGGGAGAAAAACAGACAAGAGCUACCGAUGUCUGGAGGAACUGCUGACCAAAGAGCUGCUGGAGCUGGACUCUGUGGAGACUCAGGGACAGGAGACUGUUCGACAAGCCCGCAAAGAGGCCGUGCAGAGAAUUCAGGCCAUUCUGGACCAGCUGGAGAAGAAAGCUUUCUGAACGAAACCUUAUUUAUCUGCCUGUUAUUUGCUUAUUAUUAUUUUCUUUGCUCAGAUCUUCCAUGGGCAAACAGAGGUGUUUAGUCUCCCUCUGCAGAGCUGUAACAAUAUUUGCUGACAUCUUGUCAUUAUCAUUUAGAUGAGGUAACGGACAUAGACCCCCCACAGGAAUAGACACACCUCUGAUUUAAAGUUUAAAAAGUCCUUUAAGGAGUGUUUUGUGCUGGCAGUAAACAUAAAACUUGUAUAUCAUAAGUGACUUUCAGCCUCUGUGAGUGACUGAGCUCGCUACCCUCGUCUUUUACAUCAUGCCCUCACCAACAUGGCGCUGGGUCCUGCUUGUUGUGUUUAUUACGUCGUGCCACACGUUCAGACCAUCCUCGGGAUAUUCGGUCCGUUUUCAUCCUAACCUUCUCGGGACUACACACACACACACACACACUUCCUCGGCUGAUUAUUGUAACAUUUGCAUGGUCAUGCUGUUGUCCUCUCUUGUGACGGCUUUGAGAUGCACUUAGUUGCUCAUAGUCGCCUCCUCAUGUCUCUGCAGCAGCUGGUGCAGUGUUUCUCUUAUUCUCAGCCUUGCAUGCACUGUAGUGUCAGAUUAGCACUCACACAGCCUGUCACUCAGCCCGUAUUGUAGCAGAUUUAGUGAAAACCCCCUGAAGACCACUGCCCCGAUUCCUCCGGCCACUGCGAGUGGAGACCUAAAAUCAGACCUACACGUUGAACGCCCUGUAUUUCUCUGUAGAAGCGAAGGACAAUGUCAGCAGUUUCUUUUUAAAAGUAGAGUUUUCUUCCUCACUUUUUCUACACCUGUGAAAGUAGAAUAUUACAUUUUCAGUAUAUUACAUUUUCAGUAUAGAUGUAUGCUUAAAGACAGUGUUAAAUGCACAAGGAUUAAGUUGGGGUUUGUUCACUAUUUUGCCUAGGGCACAGACUCUUGUUUGGACUGCACAUGUGCACUACAGGUCUUCGUCUCUACACCCCUCUCACCCCCACAUCUCAAACAUUCUUGUUUUUGUUUGAAAAAUGAAGAAGAAAACGUGCCAUAUUUGAUAUGGUGAUUUUUAUAUCUGAUCAGAAGGAGAAUAUUAAAAACAACCAAAAGGUU